UUUAGCUUCUUUUCCACACAAACACACACCCUCAUUCGCAGAGGGCACACACACACACACACACACACACACACACAUAUCCUCUUACAUACACACUCACAGCUGUUGAUAGUUCUCUCUCUGUGUGAGAAACGCCGGGACAGCCGAGCAGCACAGCCCGCAGGACUCAGAGAGAGAAUCUGCUGCGUGCUGGCAGCUCCUCCAAAACAUCUUUAUGGGAAAUCUGGACAGACAAGUGGAGCGACCGGUUCUCUGAUUUGCAGCGUGACUCUCACUUUCUGUCGUUCACACCGCGCUCCUCCUCUCCUGUCUCUCAGUGUUGGAAUUUAAGCGCAGACGGCGAGCAGCAGAGAGAAAUAGAGACAUGUGUUUCGCCUGCUCCUGCCGCCUCUUCUCUCCCAUUCACUGAGCGUGAGGAAACACAAAGCAGCUGACUUCCAAAGAGUACCACCCCCUUAAAAACCGAUUUGUAGUUUUAGGGGAAUUCCAUGUGAGAGUCCGAUUGGCAGCCAUCGAGCGAGGGAGUGAGGUGAAGCAGGCAUGAGUGCGGAUAGCCAUCAGGGGGUGGUGACGACCCCUCCAACGCCCAGUGGAGGGACCAAAGAGCGCUACUUCGACCGGGUCGACGUCAACGAUCCGGAGUACAUCAGGGCCAGGAACAUGUCCCCGGACCUCCGGCAAGACUUCAACGUUCUGGAGCAGAAGAAACGGGUCACACAGAUCUUACAGAGCCCGGCCUUCAAAGAAGAGUUGGAGGGUCUGAUCCAGGAGCAGCAGAGGAAGGGGAACAACCCCACCGGCCUGCUGGCCCUUAGACAGAUCGCCGACUUCUUCAUGGCGAGCUCUGUGGCCGGCUUCAACACCUCCCCCCUCAGUCUGGGGAUGGUCACUCCCAUCAACGACAUGUACGGGGUGGAAUCCAGCACGAUGGUGAAGGGCGAGAAGCUGACCCGCUGUAAACUGGCCAGCCUCUACAGACUGGUGGACCUGUUCAGCUGGGCCCACUUCCCCAACUCCUUCAUCACAGGUCGUGUCAGUAAAGAGCAGGACCACAUCCUCAUCAUCCCCCGAGGGCUCUCAUUCGCCGAGGCGUCUGCAGCCAACCUGGUGAAAGUCAACAUCAUCGGCGACGUGAUCGAUCAGGGCUCCACCAACCUGAGGGUCGACCCCGCAGGUUUCAGCCCCCACGCUGCCAUCUACUCCAUGCGUCCAGACAUCCGCUGCAUCAUACACGUGCACACUCCGGCCACGGCUGCUGUGUCAUCCAUGAAGUGUGGCAUCCUGCCCAUUUCCCAAGAAGCAUUGGUCCUGGGUGACAUCGCCUACUACAACUACCAGGGCAGCCUGGACGACCAGGAGGAGCGCAAAGAGCUGCAGAAGGCCCUGGGACCAUCGACAAAGGUGUUGGUGUUGAGGAAUCACGGUGUGGUUGCUCUCGGGGAGACUAUCGAAGAGGCCUUUCACUACAUCUACAAUGCCCACUACGCCUGCGAAAUCCAGGUAAACGCCAUCUCGUGUGCCGGCGGCGUGGACAACCUGAUCGUGCUGGACCAGGAGAAGUACAAAUCACGAGUGUUUGCUGUGGCCACGGCGGCUGCUGUCAACAUGGGGGGCCAGUAUAAGUGGAAGAUUGGCGAGCUGGAGUUUGAGUCUCUGAUGAGGAUGCUGGACAACCUGGGCUACAGGACGGGUUACGCCUACAGACACCCGAUCGUACGAGAGAAGCCGAGGCACAAGAGCGACGUGGAGAUCCCGGCCACGGUCACGGCGUUCAUGUUCGAGGAGGACGCCGAGGCCACACGGCUGCCCUUCAAGUUCCUGCAGCAGCGGCAGCAGAGGGAGAAGACGCGCUGGCUCAACUCGCCCAACAGCUACACCAAGGUCAACGUGGAGGGCGGAGAGGAGCGCUACAACAGCCGGACGACCACGUGGAUGAAGGCCGACGAGACGGGGACCCCGAUCCGGAUCGAGGAUCCAAACCAGUUUGUCCCUCUCAACACAGACCCCAAUGAAGUGCAGCAGAAGAGGAUGAAAAUCAGAGAGCAGAACCGCUUCGAUGUGACGACGUCGGGCCCGCGCUCUCAGCACCUCGCAGGAAUCCCCGUCGAUGCUCCACGACGGGAUCCAGUGUACAUUAACGUCCUGCCAUACGUGCCCACAGAGGAGGAGCAGAUGGCUCCCCUGCCUCCCAACCCCUUCACUGAGCUGUCAAAGAAGGACCUGGAGGACCACAAGAACGUGGAUCGGAGGCAACUGGGCGUCAGCGAUGGAGAGCACGACCUAACCUCUGACGACGGCUCCACUCUCUCUCAGUGUGUGUCUCUCACGCAGUCCCCGCAAAGCACUCCAGCUAAAGAAGACAACCACACGGGCCUGAUGAACGGCAAAGACAACAACGGCGAUGUGGACGAGGAGCUGUCCAAACGCAUCAGCCAUCUGACCACCAGCGUGGAGAGCGUGGAGAUCACAGUGCGCACCGGGGAGAAGAUCGAGGAGGCGCUGUCCCCCGAGAGCUCGCCCUCCAAAUCGCCCAACACCAAGAAGAAGAAGAAGUUCCGCACCCCGUCCUUCCUGAAGAAGAACAAAAAGAAAGAGAAGACGGAGGCCUGAGAGCCGAGCGGAGCGGCGGGCAGGAGGAGGAGGAGGAGGGGCAGCAGCAGCCACCUUUUCUGUUUCAUGUCGGUGUUUCUUUUGUCUACGUUUUUACGUCAUUUUAUGUUUUUUUGUUUGUAAUUUUAUUUGAUUUUUUUUUAACAAAAAAGUUUUCUGUGCAGAAGGCAGAAGAACGUACGACAUUUAAAAAAAAAAAAAACAGGUUUGUAACAAGAGAAGAGAAGAAGGUGUGUGACGUUUGGGGGCGGGGCGGGUCUGAAAUGAAAGUAGCAGCAGAUGUCAGGUGAUUCAGGUGAGGCUGUGAAGGGGUCACUUGAGGCCGUUUAGAUCCUGAAGAACUGGCUCACCACCUCCAGUUAUUAGAAAUGAUUGAACUGCGACGAAACGACACCCCCCCCUCCCCAUCCCGACCCCCCCGAUCUUUUAGGGUUUUUGUUUUUUACGUUCUGGUCACCUUGGGAGGAAACUGAGACGCCACAUGAAAUCUGAAGUCACUGGAAAACUGAUCUGAGACAAACCGCCUCGGGGUGUGUGUUGUUAGAUUUACUCUGAGAGGAGUUUCUCUCUCUCUCUCUCUCUCUCUCUCUCUCUCUAUCUCUAUCUCUAUCUCUCUCUCUCUCUCUCUCUCUCCCCCUCUCUCUCUCUCUCCCUCCCUCUCUCUCUAUCUCUCUCUCUCCCUCUCUCUCUAUCUAUCUCUCUCUCUCUCUCUCUCUCUCUCUCUCUCUCUCGCUUGCUCGCUCGCUCGCUCCGACACAACCCUCGUCUUCAGAUGAGGUAGAGGGUCUCUAGACCGGACGAGGCAGUGAGAACGAGCGUGUGGCGUGUCUCAGUGAUCUCAGAGAGCCGCCGACUCACUCUGAAUAUUUAUGUAGCAUUUGUUCCUCCUCAUCUCGAUGUGUUUGUUUGGUUUUGCCAAAAGGAAAAGCAGAAACAAUCUCACAGCGUCGCUGUUCGACUUUGUCAUCUCAUGAAUUCAGAUCUUUUUUUUUUUAAUUGCACACAGAUUUGCUUUUUAGUCCACUCUGUUUUGUACUCGUCUGUACGCUUUGCAGAGGUUACAGAUGUGAUGCAUGUCGUAGCGAUGCCUGACUGCUCAAAUGAUAUUUUAAUCUUCAGAGUGGGCACAUUUACUUUAUAACUCAGAUAUAUGAACAAACUGGAGACGUUGGCUAUAGAUUUCUAACCAUAUAUUUUUAUUUGAUUGUGCUGCACUUUUCUGGUGGUUAGAGAACACAUCUUAGCUGCAGGUGGUUUCACCGCUGAAGGAGAUUUUGUGAAGUGUUUCGGUAAUAAGUUGUGCAAGUAGGCGAGCAAAGGCGUGCACGGCGUGGGAGAGAGAAAAAAGGUCAGGACCCAGAAAGUGAGUCGAACGAAGGAGGAAAGAAAAAAAACAAAGGAAUCGUCUUUCUGUGGUGUCAAACGUGAUGAAUGCUCUCUGCUUCUCAACUGGACAGGAAGAAGACAAACAUACAAACAGGAAGUGUAUCAAACUGUCACAUACAAACAGGAAGUGUAUCAAACUGUCCGCUGAAAUAGGAAUCAUGGGUAGUGGAGUUUGGAGAGGUGACAUCUUCUGUUUGGUGUGUUUGUGUUUGUGUGUGUGUGUGUUUUUAAAGCCAUAUUGUAGUUUUAUUCCUGAUCAGACAAGAGUUAGUGAUUCUCACCAACCCGAACAAGACCUCUGAUCAACCCCCCCCCUCGCUUCAAUAUCCUCCUGGAGCUGGAGCGAUAAACAGAGGAAACACGGACAUUAUGUUUUUAUUUGAUCGCUCGGCCGUCAUUUCAGCUUCUAAAGCCCCCCACGCCGUUUCUCUGGCGAACAUGAUGAUGUUGUAGCCGUCAGAUGACCCCCAGCUGAACUCUGUAAAGCCAAAGUGUGAUGGGUCGACACAUAUCCUCCCCCCCUGCAGUUUAAACAGAUGUACCAAUAUCCCAGCGAGCAAUGUGAAGUAUUGGAUUUGGGGGGGGGGGGGUAUGUUUAGCCGUGUUAAACGAUAGCUUUUUAGCUCUGGGCGAUGAGCUGAGGUCACAUGACAGAGACGUGGAGAAGGGAGGUGUGAGUUUGAAAUGGGAGUGCACAUGUGUGAGUCUAGAGGGGGGGAGGGGGGUGACACUGACACUAACACACCAUGUUUUUCUCACUCAGAUAUUUCUUUGGUACCAUCUCUCCGCCUGGAAUUGUUUUAUUCAUCCUCCAUGUGUACGCAGUCGGCUGUAGUUUGCAGAGAGCGCUAGGCUUUUUUUUUUUUAUCGACCUUUUGGCAAGCGCUCGUCGCUUCACACGAACUGAAUGUGCAUCCUUUUGAUUUUCUCCUCUUCUGUUUUGCACCUUGCUUUUACUAAUGCCUCUCUCUUAUCCAUCAAUUAUUUUUCUUCUUCUGUUUAAAAAAAACAAAAAAAAAACGAGUUUGGCUUUGGCAUGCCAGAUUAUGAGCCGAGCUUCUUUGUGACCUGUGAAAUCCUAUAAAUGGUUCUCUAAUGGAGUUGCUUUUAGAUGUAUCGCUAAUCAGUGUACAUUCACAAAUAAAAUCUGUAUUUUAAGAAACAGAA